UCAAGUUGAAUUCUAUAUGAAUGAAAACACAUUUAAAGAGAGGCUAAAGUUAUUUUUUAUCAAAAACCAGAGAUCAAGUCUAAGAAUUCGUCUAUUCAAUUUUUCUCUCAAAUUAUUAAGCUGCUUAUUAUACAUAAUCCGAGUGCUACUAGAAAACCCUUCACAAGGAAAUGAAUGGUCUCAUAUCUUUUGGGUGAACAGAAGUCUACCUUUAUGGGGCUUACAGGUUUCAGUGGCAUUGAUAAGUCUGUUUGAAACAAUACUACUUGGUUAUCUCAGUUAUAAGGGAAACAUCUGGGAACAGAUUUUACGAAUACCUUUCAUCUUGGAAAUAAUUAAUGCGGUUCCCUUCAUUAUCUCAAUCUUCUGGCCUUCCUUAAGGAAUUUAUUUGUCCCUGUCUUUCUAAACUGUUGGCUUGCCAAACAUGCCUUGGAAAAUAUGAUUAAUGACCUGCACAGAGCCAUUCAGCGUACACAGUCUGCAAUGUUUAAUCAAGUUUUGAUUUUAAUAUCUACAUUACUAUGCCUUAUCUUCACCUGCAUUUGUGGAAUCCAACAUCUGGAACGAAUAGGAAAGAAGCUGAAUCUCUUUGACUCCCUUUACUUCUGCAUUGUGACAUUUUCUACUGUGGGUUUUGGGGAUGUCACCCCUGAAACAUGGUCCUCCAAGCUUUUUGUCGUUGCCAUGAUCUGUGUUGCUCUUGUGGUUCUACCCAUACAGUUUGAACAGCUGGCCUAUUUGUGGAUGGAGAGACAAAAGUCAGGUGGAAACUAUAGUCGACAUCGAGCUCAAACUGAGAAGCAUGUUGUUCUGUGUGUCAGUUCACUGAAGAUUGAUUUACUUAUGGACUUUUUAAAUGAAUUCUAUGCUCACCCAAGACUUCAGGAUUAUUAUGUGGUGAUUUUGUGUCCUACUGAAAUGGAUGUGCAAGUUCGAAGGGUACUGCAGAUUCCAAUGUGGUCACAAAGAGUUAUCUACCUUCAAGGCUCAGCCCUUAAAGAUCAGGAUCUGUUGAGAGCAAAGAUGGAUGAUGCUGAGGCCUGUUUUAUUCUGAGCAGCCGUUGUGAAGUGGAUAGGACAUCAUCUGACCACCAAACAAUUUUGAGAGCAUGGGCUGUAAAAGAUUUUGCUCCAAAUUGUCCUUUGUAUGUCCAGAUAUUAAAGCCUGAAAAUAAAUUCCAUAUCAAAUUUGCUGAUCACGUUGUUUGUGAAGAAGAGUUUAAAUACGCCAUGUUAGCUUUAAACUGUAUAUGCCCGGCAACAUCUACACUUAUUACACUACUGGUUCAUACCUCUAGAGGGCAAGAAGGCCAGCAAUCCCCAGAGCAGUGGCAGAAGAUAUAUGGUAGAUGCUCUGGCAAUGAAGUCUACCACAUUGUUUUGGAAGAAAGUACAUUUUUUGCUGAAUACGAAGGGAAGAGUUUUACAUAUGCGUCUUUUCAUGCACACAAAAAGUUUGGCGUCUGCUUGAUUGGUGUUCGGAGGGAGGAUAAUAAAAACAUUUUGCUGAAUCCAGGUCCUCGAUAUAUUAUGAAUGCUACAGAUAUAUGUUUUUAUAUUAAUAUUACCAAAGAAGAGAAUUCAGCAUUUAAAAACCAAGACCAGCAGAAAAAAAGCAAUGUACCAAGGUCAUUUUAUCAUGGACCUUCUCGAUUACCUGUACAUAGCAUAAUUGCCAGCAUGGGUACUGUGGCUAUAGACUUGCAAGACACAAGCUGUAGAUCAACAAGCGGCCCCACACUGUCUCUUCCUACAGAGGGAAGCAAAGAAAUCAGAAGACCUAGCAUUGCUCCCGUUUUAGAGGUUGCAGAUACAUCAUCAAUUCAAACAUGUGAUCUUCUAAGUGAUCAAUCAGAAGAUGAAACUACAGCAGAUGAAGAAACUUCCUCAAACUUAGAAUAUGCUAAAGGCUAUCCACCUUACUCUCCAUAUAUAGGAAGUUCGCCUACUUUUUGUCAUCUCCUUCAUGAAAAAGUGCCAUUUUGCUGCUUAAGACUAGACAAGAGUUGCCAGCAUAACUACUAUGAGGACGCAAAAGCCUAUGGAUUCAAAAAUAAGCUAAUUAUAGUUGCAGCUGAAACAGCUGGAAAUGGAUUGUAUAAUUUUAUUGUUCCUCUCAGGGCAUAUUAUAGACCAAAGAAAGAACUUAAUCCCAUAGUACUGCUAUUGGACAAUCCGCCAGAUAUGCAUUUUCUGGAUGCAAUCUGUUGGUUUCCAAUGGUUUACUACAUGGUGGGCUCUAUUGACAACCUAGAUGAUUUACUCAGGUGUGGAGUGACUUUUGCUGCCAACAUGGUGGUUGUGGACAAAGAGAGUACCAUGAGUGCAGAGGAAGACUACAUGGCCGACGCCAAAACAAUUGUAAAUGUGCAGACCCUUUUCAGGUUGUUUUCCAGUCUCAGUAUUAUCACAGAACUUACCCACCCAGCCAACAUGAGAUUCAUGCAAUUCAGAGCCAAAGACUGUUACUCUCUUGCUCUUUCAAAACUGGAAAAGAAAGAACGAGAGAAAGGUUCUAAUUUGGCCUUUAUGUUUCGACUGCCUUUUGCUGCUGGGAGGGUGUUUAGCAUCAGUAUGUUGGACACUCUUCUCUAUCAGUCGUUUGUAAAGGAUUAUAUGAUUUCUAUCACCAGACUUCUGUUGGGAUUGGACACUACUCCAGGAUCAGGGUUUCUUUGUUCUAUGAAAAUCACUGAGGAUGACCUGUGGAUCAGAACUUAUGCCAGACUUUACCAGAAACUGUGCUCUUCUACUGGAGAUGUUCCCAUUGGGAUCUACAGGACUGAGUCUCAGAAACUUACUACAUCUGAGGACUGGACUUCAUCUUUAGUUUCCAGAAAGUACUCCGUUAACCACCUGAAGUCUCAGAUAUCCAUCAGCGUAGAAGAGUGGGAAGACACCAAAGACUCCAAAGAUCAAAGUCAUCACCGAAGCAACCACCGCAACUCAACCUCCAGUGACCAGUCAGAUCAUCCCUUACUACGGAGAAAGAGCAUGCAGUGGGCACGAAGACUGAGCAGAAAAGGUCCAAAACACUCUGGUAAAACAGCUGAGAAAAUAACCCAGCAGCGACUGAACCUCUACAGGAGGUCAGAAAGACAAGAGCUUGCUGAACUUGUGAAAAAUAGAAUGAAACACUUGGGUCUUUCUACAGUGGGAUAUGACGAAAUGAAUGAUCAUCAAAGUACCCUCUCCUACAUCCUGAUUAACCCGUCUCCAGAUACCAGACUAGAGCUGAAUGAUGUUGUAUACUUAAUCCGACCAGAUCCACUGGCAUACCUUCCAAACAGUGAACCCAGUCGAAAAAACAGCAUCUGCAAUGCCAUGGGUCAAGAUUCUCGGGAGGAAACUCAGCUUUGAUAAAAGGAAAAUAAGAGACCUUUUUUCCCUACAAGAAUCUUGCUUGCAACAACUCUAACUCUUAGGGGAAGAAUGAGUGCUGCUGGCAGGAAAGAAACUCGAUCAGAAUAUAUUCAGUUCUCUCAUAUUAAAAGCAAUCUAUUCUCUUAGAAGUAUAGAUUAUUUUGAAAGUUGAAGUAUUGCUUAUUGGUACUCCUAUUGAUAUUUGAAAGACAUCAGUGGAAUGAUUUUAAAAACCUAAAUUAAAACAAAAAAUUUAAAUCGGUUAUUUGUUUGACAACAAUCCAAACUAUAUGAAGGUAAUUUUUAAAAGUGUUAAGGGUUUAUGAAAGUAAACAAAAAACUCCAACUGUAUUUGGUGCAUCACAAUGGUCAUAGAAGUUUGUGGCGCCUCUUAAAGAUUAAAGUCAUAUUAUAUUCUUUAAACUUGCAUUUUAUAAAAUUGAGUUCAUCAUAAAUGUCUAGCAUCUACACAAAGAUUAACCAACAAACUUGUAUGGCUGACUUUUGUGUAAGAAUCAGUUUGCUUUAGAGUAUAAAUCUUUAAAUAAUUUUAACCUUUUUCGUUGCCUUUUCAUAUGGUAUCAUACUCAUUUUAGAAUUUGAGGUAUUCACAGCAUGUUUUAUAACAUUGAGGAAACCAAAACAAACAAAAAAUAAGUAUCUGAACUUUUUGCUUACUUAAUGUCUGACACACAUUGUAUGCCAAGAAAAGUGUUAGAAAUCAAAUAUUUAUUAUUCUCAUAAAAGAAUGCCUAACUGAAAAAAUACUGAAAACACAUAUGUUGACUUCAGUUGAAGCCAAGAAUUGAAACAUUAACUGAAAUAUGCAGUAUUGGUUUUCAUUAGGCUCUUGAGCUUUAACAUUUUUAUCAUUUAUAUAGCAUAUUUCAUUAGAAAGGUACUUUAAAAUUCAAACAGGCAAAAUUAUACCUUUUAUGGAAUAAAAGGACAUUUCAAAACAUUUAAAGUCCUCUAUGCUUUUGUAUUGAAAUACUCAUACACGAAACAAUGGUAUGUUAAAAAAUUUGAUUUAAUUUUGAAAAAUCGUCUGUAGGACAUAGGUUUUAACACUGUGAGAACAAAAAAAACAUGUAGUGAAGAUAGAUAGUUUUUGCCAUUGAAAUGUAAUAUAAAUCAUGAAGAAUUUUAUAGUUAUAAAUUAAGUAUAAAUUGAUCCUUGGUAUUAUCUUAUUGGUUUAUUCCCCUUCAGAAACAGACUGACAAGCACAAGAGCACAGUUUACCAGGAGGUUGGAAUCUGUUAAGGUAUUCCCAUGAGAGAGACAUCGGUAAAUUUAAAAAGAUAUUUUUCCUCUAAUUUUGUAUCUUCAAAAAGUUCUGGCCUUGACAUUGAAUUUUAAUUUCACAAAAAAUUGGACAUGUAAGACUAGAAAGGGACAUUUUCUCCCUUCUCCUCACAAAGAAGCAGAUAAGUUGGAAAGAUAGUGGAAGAAUUAAAAAAAAAAAAUAAUAAAGAAAGCCUAAAACUCCCCAAAUAAUUCUAUAGAAAUGAAAAUGUAAAUCCUAACAUGUGAAAUUAUAGCUGAUAGCCAUUGUAUAAUUUGGCUUAGAGAGGAUGAAAUGCCUAUUUGUUAUUGUUGUUUUUUAGUAUUUUCCAUUAUUCUCAUUUUAAAAUAACAAAAACACCAAGAAUUUCCUCUAAAACAGGGAGAGCCUAUCUUUAACUUUCUUUAAUCAGACAGGGAAGUAGAGAAUUUAUAAUAAGUUACUUAAAAUUGGAAGCAGACCUUAAAACAAAGAUUGUAUGCAUAUUCAUGCAUGUACAUUGUAGACAUGUGAAAUAUACUGGACAAACUUAUAUAUUCACCUGUAAAUUAUUCAAACUAAAGGCAGAAUUGAACUAAUAUUUGUAAUAGAUAACAAUAACGGGUUUAUUAACUUAUUUUAUAUUUGCACAUCAGUAAUCAAAUGUGAUUAUUUCUUUGAGUUGCCAUUUCAUUACUCCAUUACAGUUAUUUUUAGGAAUAAAUGUAAGAGUUUAUGAAUAUUCUAUUUCCCCACGAGAUCUCGUUUAGUACUUUUGCAUUUUGACCAUUGUCAAGACUAGGACUCUAAGCUAGAACAUGACUAUAUUUCCUACAAAACUAAAAGUUUUAUUUCAUAAAUUUUACAAGAAUUAUUUUUGAUGAAGAACAUUAGCCCAAAUUUAAUAAUUGACACAAUUCAUAACAGCUUACUAUAAUAUUCAUAGUUUAUUAGUUUUCUGUUAUUUAAAGCAUAAAAAAUGCUUCUAAAAGCCUUUUAACAAACUGUUGCCUUUUUAAAAUACUUAACUUGCACACAAAAAAUAAAACAUAAAGUCAAUAAUAGUCCUUGUAAUCUUAUGGGAAUCGGUUCUGUUUAUUGUCUAUGUACCAUUUUGCUACCAGUUACAUUGAAUCGCUUAAAAUAAAUAAUAAAAAUUAUUUCUGAUGGUGAAAACCCUUGGUGCUUUUUGCCAAAACUUCAACUGUUUAACCAAUUAUGUUCUGAAACUACAAAACUCCUUUUGUCCCUUCUAUAUAAAGCAAUACAAACGUGAAGAAACACCGACAUAAAAACCUGAAGGCCAUCUCAUUGGAAAAGAUAACCAUAAAAAAACCCGCUGAAUCACUUCUUAAUAUAAUAGUUUCUGAAUAACUAUGUGGUAGGAAAAAAGGAGGGAGGAAGGAAGGGUCAGGGAGGAUAGAGGUAGAGAAGUGAACAAAGAGAAGGGAGGGAAAAGCAGAAAAGAAAAGGAAGGUGGAAAAGAAUGAAUGUAGGUGCUAGAAGAGAAAUAUUUUUUUAUGAACCAGAGAAUACUGUCCCAAUACACUAAUUUAAAGACCAGAAAAGCACUGGUUAGAGGGAAAACAAAAUUUAAAUGCAUAGAUAGACUUUGGGCUCCAGGAAAACGAAGCCUAUUCCUCCUGCUAAGUACAGAUACAAACUCUAGAUAUUAUUUAUCAAACAAGCAUCAGAAGACUGAAAAGUGCAAAGAAGGAAGACAGACCAGGAAACCGGGCCUUUCAGAGCAGCAUGGUGGAGAGAUCCCUGGGGAUUUUUGUUGCCUCCCAUGUAGCCUGCUCUGCAUAUUGGGAAAUACCCAGGAGCAUGGAUGAAAAAUCCUGGAAGUAACCUGCUCUCUCCGUGCAAGGGACUGACUCCUGCAGCGGGUGCAGCUUCCAGUCCAGACUUCCGAUGCGCCUGCCCUUCUCCAGUCCACCUCUCCAGGGGCCAGAAGCCACCCUCAGCAGCCCCUCAGAUGCUGCUUUCCUUGAGUGCCUCCAGUGAGACAUUCCCCAUGAGCGACUCUCCUGAAAUUUCCAGCAAGUUCUACCAAUGCAAGUACCACAGUGACUUCUGCAAUUCUGUGAGCCACAGCUGUGCCACCUCUGAUAGUCUUGAUGUCAGUCAUGGGGUCUCUUUGUGGGGCACUCUGCCUCAACUCUGAUGACGACUCACGCUCCUUAUGCUGCUGUUGCCAUAUUGUUUUCAAGUUCUCUUUACUUAUUACUGAUCCAUCUGUCCUUGCUCCAAAGCUCUGCUGCAGAUAAUAAUUCUCUACAUUAAGCUUUGUCUGUCUGAAUCACUGUGUGGUUUCUUUCUCUAGAUUGAAUCCUGGCUGAGACACGAUGUACAAAUCAGCCGUUCUUCAAUUUGAUUAAGUCUGCAAUAAUGAUGAUAUCAAAUUUCAAGGACUGCAACAUAUAAGGACAGAUUUGGGGAAAAUUCAACAAAUUAAGUAGCAUCUGCUGUGAAACUUUUAAGACUGACCAUGCUUGGGGUGCCUGGGGGGCUCAGGCAGUUAAGCAUCUGCCUUGGGCUCAGAUCAUGAUCCCAGGGACCAGGGAUGGAGCUGCAGGUGGGUUCAAGCCCCCAGGUGGGCUCCCUGCUCAGUGGGGAGUCUGCUUCUCCCUCCCUCUGU